CACCCCACCUCUCGCGAUAUCUCGCGUCCUAAGGAUGGUGUUGUGUUAGAGGGAGUGGGAGAGGAGGGUGAGGGGUACCCACAAAGAUGUUGCGUGAUUUUUUGGAAAUUUAUUUAUUUAAAUAAAAAUGGCCGCCGCAGAGAGCGGAGAGGAGAGACUAGGUGAAGACAAAAAUGAAGACCAGGAAGGCUCCAAAGACAAGACCCAGAAGCAGAAGAAAAACAAAAGGGAACGUCAAGAUGUGGAAAAACUGGAAGCCACCGUCUCCGUUCCUCCGCCUGGGCCUCUGUUCACGCAGGGGAAUGAAGGACAACAGAGGGAGUUGGGAAAAUCUGAACCCACUGACCCUGAAGUCGGAGGCGCUCUCAGCGCUCCAGAAUCUUCCGCCUCAGCCAAGCAGCGGCGUUCCGUUAUCCGGGACAGAGGGCCGCUGUACGAGGACCCUUCACUGCCUCAGGGUUGGACACGUAGGCUGAAACAGCGCAAGUCGGGGAGAUCCGCCGGCAAAUUUGACGUCUACCUGAUCAACCCAGAAGGGAAAGCCUUCCGUUCCAAAGUAGAGCUCAUGGCGUACUUCCAGAAGGUGGGCGACACCACCACGGACCCAAAUGACUUUGACUUCACGGUCACGGGCCGAGGGAGCCCAUCUCGCAGAGAAAAGAGACCGCCAAAGAAACCCAAAGUGGUAAAACCCUCCGGUCGCGGGAGGGGCCGGCCGAAAGGUAGCGGCAAGAUACGGCAAACCACGGAAGGGGUUGCGGUGAAACGCGUUGUGGAAAAGAGUCCGGGGAAACUCCUCGUAAAGAUGCCCUUCAUGACCCCUAAAACAGAACCGGGGGCUCCUUUGGGGCAAGCGCCGGUUGCCAAAGUGCGCCGAGGACGCAAAAGGAAAUCUGAACAGGAGCAGCCGAGCACCCCUAAAAAACGUGGACGCAAGCCGGCCGCUGCGGUACAGUCGGCGGUAGGGACAGGAUCUAGCGUCGCGUACGCCGCAGCCGCAAUCCUCACGGCCGAGGCGAAAAAGAAAGCUCUGAAGGAGUCUUCCUCAAAGCCCGUCCUGGAGAGGGCGCUUCCUAUCAAAAAACGGAAAACACGAGAGACUAUGGAGGAGCUGGAAGGAUCAACUACCUCCGUGACUGAAACGUCUACGACCGUGACGUCUGCACCGAGCGUGACAGGGGUAGCAAAACGACUGACGCCGUCAACUGUGACCUCUGCGGUAGAGGAGGCGGAAACGGCACAGAAGCCUCACAAGCAUCUGGGACGGAAGCACAAAGAGGCAUCGACGGAUCCCGGCAACGGCAGCAGCGGGGAUGGAAGCGGUGGACACAAAAGUCACAAGAAGCGAGAUCAACGAGGGCAGCACUUUAAACAUCACCACCAUCAUCAUCACCAUCGAUACCUGCAGGCCGUGCCACCCUCCACCUACACUCCACAGGCCCACCAGCUCUCCCUGGGUCACUCCACGCAAGGGGGUCCGCCCGUUCCAACGGCCGCAGAAGGCGAACCCCGUGACUUGAGCGCCUCCAGGCCCAAACAGGAGCACGCGGCCCGCAGAGAGGAAGCCAGAACUGACAGGGACUCCCAGAACGCAAGCAAGAUGGCUUCCGCCGACCUGAGAGGGCAGCAGACGACUGUGACGGGUGACGGCAAGGAGCUGAGAGACAUUGUACCGCCCUCCGCCGUCCCGAGGCCGAGUCGAGAGGAGACGGUCGAGUCCCGGACACCAGUGAGCGAACCAGUGAGCUGACUUACUAACUGACCAAUCGGCAUCAGCAGCUUGGCGUGUGAAGGAAGUAGAGGCCGUCACAGUGAGACGAGUGAUUUUACGUUCUUUUUUACUGAGGAAAAAGAAAAUGGAAACAAAAGUAUACAAAAAUGUAAACGCACUUAAACAAAAGGCAGCUGUUGUGUCUCGUUCUCUCUGUGGAUUGGAUGCGGGGCGAUGAUUAUCUUUGACGUAUUGCUUCCGGGUGAAUUCUCUGCUUUCCUUUUCCUUUAUAGUUUUCUUUUUAUCAGCUAUAUCUUUGUAUUAGUAUAUCUUAGCACUCACCUAAAUUGUUAUUCCUUUGUCAAAGCUUGUAGGAAAUAGAAACACGCGCAAGUGGUAAUGGAUGCACAAGUCAAACGCCAUAGUUGUUGCAAAACGUUCCCAAUCCAAAUGCUCUCAAAAUUAUUCACGUGUCAUAAUCAUGUCAUCUCGAACCUAUAUGCCAACCUAUUUUUGAUUUUGUGUCAUAAAGGUGACACAAUCCGAUGGCGAUGCUGUGCCGCAUCUUUUCAUGUGAGCUGGAGACAGCUGUUGCGGCAUCCUCACCCCUUUUUCUUUUAAAUUAAAGUGUCUAGGAUAACUCCGACAGACAAGAACUUCGUAGUUUUGGGAAGAUUUAUUGGAAUUAGGGAAUAGUGUUUUAGUGGUUUACCUUAAUUAUUUCUAGUUGAGAAAAAAUUCAACUAAGGCAGGAAGCAUUCGUUUUUAUUUUCUCUGGUGAGGAAGCUAAAGCACAAACGUAUUUGUUUGGGAAUAAUGAAAGCACAUCCAGUCUAGCGGCUGGAGAAGAAGUAUAUUCCGAUAUUCGAUCGGAAAAGUAGUAGAGGAGGAUCUUGUUAAGAUGUUUUUUUUAUGUUCGCCUGCUUGUUUCCAUAAAGUACAAUUAAAAUAGUGGCCUUGUGUUUCAGCAACACAAAUCCCUAACAAAAAAAGUAUUUAGUUUCAAAUGUAGCUUUUUGUUCGACUUUGUGUGGUUACAGAGUAUUCCCGUAGAGCUGCUGUUGUAUAACUGAUUCAGAUGGGAUAAGUGCAUAGAUGGCUAUAUUUAUAUAAUGUCUUGUCAGGCUAUAGUUGUGUCAGAUGCAUGGGUUGCUUAUGUUUGCGUGCUUUAGGUCUACACACAAAAUGGCUUAGCUGUUUAUUACAGUGCUUAGUCUUUCCUGUACAUAAAGGUCUAUAAUGUCAGGUAUCGCACUGAUGGCCACCAAACGGGGUGAUGUUGUAGAGUAUAAUGAACAGAAAUUCGUUAUUAAUUGGCUUGGCUAACGUAAGAAAAUCUUUGUGUGUGUAGAUUAUGAACGAUUUAUUUUUUUUAUCACCUACUGAAUUGUCACUCACCUAAAUACAAGCAUUUUUUGCAAUCAAAAUCAAGGACUACACAUGCAUAAAUUUGUUAAUUGGACAAAGAGUGUGUCAUAAGUAUUUAUUAGAAAAUAUAUUUAAUUGUACAUUAGAGAUUCAACUUAAUUCUAAGGAAUUUCUGAACCAAACUGAGGAAGUUCUUUGUUCGUAAUGGUUUAGGAUUUUACACAAACUUAUUGUGUUUCCUUUUUUUAUUUCUAAAAAUAAAAUGCACCUUGCUGGGAAAUCCAAAUUGUCAGAGGCCGUCCCAAUUUUUGCAGAUAUUUCUCUGGUUAGGCUGCACAGACUUCUGUUUCAUGUCCAGAGGUUGUAACUUUCCUAUAUGUUCAAAUUAAUCAUAAUGCCCCGUUUUAUUUUUAAAAUACCCCACAAAUAACGUGUGGUGAACCAAUAGACUGUAAAAAAUAUGGAUGUAGUUUCCCUGAUGUCACCUAUAGGUUUGUGAAGAGGUUUCAUGAAGCCAAUAGUAGGCGAUGCCUGGCGUCGCCAUCUUGGCCGCGCAUCACUCGUGGAUGACUAAAAAUGGGUUAAAAGGCGGGACAUGGGUGAAGCUUGAGGUGGCUGGUUGCUGAAACCACACCUGCCUAGCUUGACUAGUGACAGCAGUGGCAGUUCACCUGUCACUCAAGUGGCCACGCCCUUAAUUAUGCAGAACUUUAAAGCUUAAAGGCGGAGUCCACGAUGUUUGAAAAACGCGUUGGAAAAGGAGACGGGCCGACUACCAAAACACACUUAUAGCCAAUCAAAUCAAAUCAAAUGCCGGGUUGCGUAUGUGUGGGGCGGGUCUAUCCACAGAAGGUCCAGAUUCUAUUGGGGUAGGGGCGUGUUUGUUUAGGUGAUUUCAAAUAUCAACAUUGGCUUUCAAACAUCAUGGACUCCGCCUUUAAUAUAAUUUAAAAAUAAAUUAACCCCUUCACAGUUGUCAUGAAGGGCAAGAUAAGCUAUAAAGACCAAAAACAAUUUUUGUACCAGGAUGUAAACAUAUUUUCUGCUGUAAAGUUGGGCAUUUUAACAUGGGGGUUUAUGGGAUUGACUCCCUUUUGGAGCCAGUCUCUAGCAACUCGUCGAUAAAUUGCAGUUUAAGUCACUUCCGUAUUGGCUUCAUCAGAGAGAUGGGAAGGUUGCCCAUUGGGAUAAACCUCAAAUUUGGAAAGCAUGUCAAUGCUACCUUUCUCUAAAGUUUCAUAGUUCUGUGUAUGUUUGUAAUCAGUUAUGAGGUUACAAAGACAUUUUAGGUCAGAUCUUGACUGUUACCACCUAGGGCUGGGCAAAAAAAUAGAUUUUUCGAUAAAAAGUGGUCGAUUCAAAAGCGAUUCUCAAAGGCCACGAAUGUUUUUUUUUCCGCAAACAUUGAACGUAAGAUUAAUGUUAAUCUAAUUACUAGUCUUCUCCACUCGACUGUUCUGACUUUUUUCAGCAUACAUUUUUCAUCUUGCAUCAAAAUUGUAUUGUAUUUAACAUAAUUGUAUGCAUUUGAAAAUUAGAGAUGGGUUCUGUUGUAAUGUACCUAAAAUACAAGAGUUUAAUAUACAGGUUUGUGGCUCUUAAUAUCUUUUUAUUGAUUACCCUUGUAAACUACAAAUUGUAUUAAAUCUAUAUUCAUUGAGUCGAAUCGAGUAUAAAAAUCUAUCCGAGAAUCGGAACCGAACCGAGAAUCGAAAUUGAAUCGAUUUGAUAGCUUGCGAAUCGAAAUCGAAUCGAUCUGGAACAUCUGAAUCGAUACCCAGCCCUAUUACCACCACACAAUUCUACCUGUAAAUCUAAUAACUAAAUCUAAUAUCUAGUCAUGUUUCAUUUGUAAUGUGCACUUAUCAGAUGGAAGUUAACAUAACCAAGCGUGAUGGGAUGUUACAACCGAUGGGAAUAUUUGAAUGCCAAUACACUUAAUAAAAUGCUGUUUUUUUAACCCAAAAUGAUGUUUUUUUUAACCCAAAAUGAUGUUUUUUGGGUAAAAUAUAUAUUUUUUUCCGUUUGUCCUUUUUUGACCCAACUUUGGGUUAAAAAUAACCUAGCAAUUUUUAGAUUGUAUGCAUAAAUGACAAAGUUUAACCUUUCAAUCUGUUCAAGUUUGUCAGUGCAUUUCCACUGACUUUAAUACUAGAAAAAUGUAUAUUCAAAUAUUUAUCAGUCAGAAAGAGACAAGACACGCACCCGUCUAUAAAUCUUAUUUUGCUCUGUUAGUUUUGCUAGAGUAUGAUGAUGAUGUUUUUGACAUUCUCUGUUGUUAGGGGUUAAAAUUAGGGAUGCACCGAUAUGGAAAUUUUGGCCGAUAACCGAUAAUUCUUUAAAUUUGGGGGCCGAUAACCGAUAUCUAUAGGCCGAUAAAUAUUCAUAUUAUUUUUACAAUGAAAAACUCGCAGACCGCGGACAUCUUGUCUUUGCGGUAGACUAGCAUACUCUUCUUAAGCCCGCAACACGUGUCAUCUUCGUGCUAUGUCACAGAAAGCACCAAUCAAAGCUCCACAUGGCCAGCAAUGAGCAAGUGAAGUGGUUCAACAAACCAAAAUAAUCCAUAAUUUAUCGGCUUUCAUUUAUCGGCCUAAUUUUGCUAUCAGACCGAUAACCGAUAAUAUUAAAAAUAAGCAGUUAUCGGCCGAUAACGAUAUGUCGCCCGAUAUAUCGUGCAUCCCUAGUUAAAAUGCAUGAAACAGUCUCUUAUUGUUUGAGUUUUUAGCAAGCGCCUCAUUUGGUAUUUUAUUGCUUUUAAAUCAAAAAUAUACCCUUUUUUCACCUAAUGUGUAGACGAAAUUAGCUUUGACAAUCCCACAGGACAUUACUUGCAUCAAGAGUGAAAGCUGUUGGUUUCCAUUCUCUUUCUUCACAACCACCUGCCCCCCUUCCUCGAACCCUCACCAGUGGGAAGAGGCACAAUGGAUUAAAGAGCGUUUGCGCUCUGAACAAGGGCUAUGUAAUCAUUUCAAAUAGUCAGAAGCAGAUGGCGGAAUGGGUUUUGAUGUCAGGGUUUUAUUUAAAGAAAGCGUGAUCUGUUCCACUUUGUAAAGGCAAACUCGGUUAAUAGCUUGAGGUCAAACUAGCGACUUUAAGUGUUGACAACCACUGGCUCACUCUUUGUCCUUGUCGGAGUUUGAGCGCUCACUUAACCAGCGGUUGACGUGGUGACCUGUCCGCGGUGAAUGUCUCCCUGGUCUGGAUAAAUUUGGGGGGCGAGUGAAUGAGGGUUGCAGAAUGGAUCCUUUCGACUUUUACUCAGCUUGUAAAGACUUCUCAUAAUAAAAUUACAGAAUGAAAGGAAAGAAACCUCCAGACAUGAACGGAAGUUUUUGUGAAAAGCAUCAAAAGAUGCAUUUGUAGGAAAAUGGUCUGGCUGCAACAGAAAGGGUAGUGCCUUUAUUUUGGGAGACUUACUAAGGUGGUAGAAGUGACCUUUGAUUCUGAAGAAACACGUUUAUCCCAGCAAAGCGGAAGGUGAAUAAACUUUAUGGUUUUGGUUUGAUUGGUCAGUUUUUAUAUAGGUAGGAUGUGCACUGGUGUGUUGUAACUAGAUGUUAUUGUUAAUUAUUUUUUCCGCCGGACGUUGGCGUCCGCAUAUAAACCCAUGAACUUCUUUACUUUUGUAGCGCUCAAAGCCCACUGACAAAAAUCGAGCCCUGCAAAUGGGUGAAGACAAAAUUACUUUGAUUAUUUAUAUGUUUUUGUUUUUUGUGCCGCUGGCAGUGAAAUAUGCUAUGGAAUGUCCUUGUGUCCUUGUAGCCAAAAAAUACAUGCUAUGUACGUGAACAUGUAUCAAUAUGCAUGAUUGCCAUUAGAAGAUAGGACAUUGCUUGCCCUUUACUAUUAUAUACAAGAUGUUUUCAAACAGCACUCCAGAAGCUGAGCCCCCACAUGCCAACUGAAUCUGAAGGAUUUUUAUGAGGUAUCAAAUACUGAACGUGUUUUGUUAAAUAAAGGCUAGCUGUGCACUUCAGUCUAUUUAAUAUGAACAAAUUUAUUCAUCAAGUAUUUUUUUUCUUUAUGCAAAAUUGCAUUUAUUUGUGUUACCACGUAGUGGUUAGAUUCUUAUUUCUUUCAGUUUUAUUUAAUUGAAUGAAUAAAUCCACCAUUUGGAAUAGAUCUUUUUAUCUUGUAGCAAUAGUGUACCCAACAGACCUGACUGAAUUUUCUUCUCGAGUAUGUUUCUAAUUUGUGUACUUUGUUAAAUAAUAUUACCUGAAGUUAAAAAAAAGUUUACCCAUUUAAAUGAAAUACAGCACUUCCAGUCAUACAAGCAGGAUAAUUUAAAGUCAAAUAAAAAUAAAAAAAGUGAAACUAUAAGAAAUAGUUCCACAGUUGCACCGUGAUAAAAAGUUCAUGGUCUAUUUAAUUAACAUAGUCUUGUGCCUUGAAGUUUCCGUAUAAUAGAAUUUAUCUUUAUACUGUAGUUGUAUUUUUAUUCAGAGUCCUGUGUUUGCCUCUUGUUGGUAUUCAGUGCUUUGGAUGUAUUAAGGAUUUCUAGAAAUCAACGAUAUGUUUGCUUUUCUUUAUUUUCUUAAUUGAAAUAAUGCAUUGGAUAACAUUAGAAAGAUGUAUUUGGGCAAUAUCGAUGAUGUAAAAAGCUAUAGGAUCUCAAUGUUUUUCCAUCCCUUGUAUGUGUCUCUGAUUAUCGAGUGAAGUGUGUUUGUUGGGAAAUAUUUUUCAUUAUACCAUCACAACUUUGCCUCAAACAUAAUCUUCCAAUCACAACAUUCAGUUUUUCGACAGAAAGGUUUUAACCUUGACCGGAAGGACGACGAGUCUAAGAUCUGCACUUUAUAAAGAAUGUUUCCCGGCAGGACACCCAUUAACUUUUUGUAUGUAUUUUUUUUUUACCUUUGUCCAAAGCUGUUUUGUUUUCAUAUUAUUUGUUUUUAGUUAGUUUUAAAUUAAAGGGAUUCGUAGUAUGUAUCUAAAAAUAUGUUAUUUUAACCAAACAAUCCUACCGACUAUAGGUGUCAGUGGUAAAUCACCGUCUGCCAAGCUGAGUCCUUGCCUUCCUGAAAGUGAAAAGUAUAGUUUGUGUCUACUUUUAUAGUACUGUGUUACUGUAUCAUUUGUUUGCCGUAUGUAACAGAUACACAAUAGUAAACAACAUUUACCUGC